GCGCCUGACGGCCCGCCCCCCGACCUUUUGGCCCUGGGCCCGCUGCACGUCAGCGCCGACACAGUGAUGGGGGAGCUAGAGUGUUCCCGCUUCUUCCCGCCCGGCUACAGCCAGACCCAACCCAAGCCCAAGGCCAAAGCCAAGAAAAAGAAGAAGAAGCGGCAAGAGGUGAAGGAUGAAGAUGACAACAGAGACGCGGCUCCGGAGGCCGCAGAAGAUGCGGAGGUGACCGGAGAGGACGACGGCAGUCGGGAGACCGAGGAUGGCGAGGGCGAAGGAGAGGUGGAGGUGGAGGCGGAGGGCGAGGAGGCGGAGGGAGACGAGGCGGAGGAGGAGGAGACGCUGGUGGCGGACAAGGCGACUUCGCCGCCGCCCCUCGUUACUUGAAUCAUGCUUUUUUAAGUUAAACCACAACUCUAUUUGAAUAAAAUAUGAGUAAGUUGUAGCGCUAUUCUGUCUUUAUUUAAACCCUAAACGUUUUAACUUCGAAAAGUAAUGUAUUCGUAAUAUGAUAAAUUAUAAAUACAACUUACU